CCAGCGAUUUACGAAACUCACGGAUAAAACAAUGGGUUUCACGCUUAAAAGGCUCGAGCCAGUCGCCAUAAUCGGCAGCGCCUGUCGAUUCCCAGGAGGAGUGGCAUCGCCAAGCCAGCUGUGGGAGCUCUUAGAGAAUCCCAUAGACUUGGUUCGCGAGCUUCCCGACGAUCGUUUCUCUGCGGAUACCUUUUAUCACCCCAAAGCCCAGUCUCGGGGUCAUACCAACGUGAAACACGCGUAUACGUUGACGCAGGAUGUUCGCAAGUUUGACGCGUCCUUCUUCAACAUCAGCCCGGCAGAGGCCAAGGCGAUGGAUCCCCAGCAACGCAUGCUUCUGGAAGUGACCUAUGAGGGCUUGGAAAGAGCCGGUGUUACCAUUGAGUCCUUGAAGGGGUCUGAUACGGGAGUAUUUGUGGGGAUGAUGUGGAAUGAUUACCUUACGAUGCAGGCCCAAGAUAAUUUCAACAGCCCAACGUAUAUCGGCACGGGAACAGCCAGGAGUAUUGUGGCUAAUCGCCUAUCCUACUUUUUUGACUGGCAUGGACCUUCAUUUACGCUGGACACCGCUUGCUCCUCGAGCCUUGUCGCAGUGCAUCAAGCAGUUCGAGCCAUCCGUGAAGGAGACUGCGAGGUGGCAGUUGUGGCCGGUGUGAAUCUCAUCUUAGGCCCCGAAAAUUUCGUUCAGGAGAGCCAGUUGAAAAUGCUGUCGUCUGAUGGGCGUUGCAAGAUGUGGGAUCGAGACGCUGACGGCUAUGGCCGGGGAGAAGGUGUCGCUGUGCUGGUCCUCAAAAGGCUCGAGGCUGCGACAAUGCAUAGAGAUCCUAUUGAGUGCAUAAUCAGAAAUAUCGAGAUCAACCAUGACGGCAGCAAGGCGGGCCUGACCAAACCAAACAGCGCAGCGCAAGCGGAUCUGAUCAGGAAAACAUAUCACAAGGCAGGGCUCGAUAUACAUAAUCCUCAGGAUAGAUGUCAAUUCUUCGAGGCACAUGGCACAGGCACAGCCGCUGGUGACCCCGCAGAAGCAGAAGCUAUAUACCAAGCAUUUAGCCUAAAGAAACAGACUUGGUCCGACAAUCAUAUGUAUGUGGGCUCGAUUAAGACGGUUAUAGGUCAUACUGAGGGCACUGCCGGAAUCGCUGGCAUCAUGAAAGCCUCUCUUUCUAUUCAAAAUGGUCGUAUCCCUCCCAACCUCCACCUGCACAAUAUAAAUCCCGCCAUUUCGCCUAUGUCUGGGGCCCUCGAGGUCCCGACCCGUCUGAUUGACUGGCCACAACAGUCUCGGAGAGCUAGUGUCAACUCCUUUGGUUUCGGCGGUGCCAAUGCUCAUGUAAUUUUGGAAGGUGUCGAAGUUUGGAGGGACCCAGUGGUGAAGAAAGAAGCAGCUCAGACCUUUACGCCAUUGGUCUUCUCCGCCCAAUCUAAAGCCUCACUCAUUGCAACACUGAGAGUGUUUUCAGAAUAUCUUGAUCGAGAACCGAAUGUAAAUCUCGUUGACCUUGCCUGGACGUUGCGAAACCGUCGAUCAAAGUUCCGCUGCCGAGUGGCGUACACAGCGACCAACGUCAGCUCGCUGCAGGAACAGAUCAAUGAGACCAUCGCAAAAUCCCACCAUCAUCCUGGAGCACUCAUGGAAAUUUCGAGUACUCAAAGGAGAGUGUUGGGUGUAUUCACCGGCCAGGGCGCUCAGUACGCCCGCAUGGGGGCAGCUUUGCUGGAAAAGUCGGGGUAUUGUGCUGAGAUCGUCGGAGAGUUGGAGCGGGAAAUGGCCUCUUUACCACCGGAUGAUCGCCCAUCGUGGUCAAUCCGCGAGGAGUUACUUAAAGAUGGCGCAAAUACUAGCAUUAAUGACCCUGAAAUCUCUCAGACCCUCUGUGCAGUAGUGCAGAUCGUGCUCGUUCGUCUUCUUGCUCGGCUUGGAAUUAAGUUCUCCGCCGUCGUCGGCCACUCGUCCGGAGAGAUAAGUGCUGCUUUUGCCGUUGGAUGCCUUUCCAUGCGAGACUCUCUGCUAUUAGCUUACUUCCGAGGACGGUACGCCAAACAUGCGUGCGGUCUUUCUGGCGGUCAAGGGGCGAUGCUGGCUGUUGGAACAUCCCAACAGGACGCUGCAGAGCUGUGCGAUCUGGAGGAAUUCCGUGGGAGAGUCGUCGUUGCAGCUUCAAACUCACCAUCAAGUGUGACGUUGGCCGGUGAUGAAGAGCAGAUUGAGCAAAUCCGAAUCAUUUUCGAAGACGAGGGCAAAUUCUGCCGGAGACUAAAGGUGGACGUGGCAUAUCAUUCCCACCACAUGCUUCCUUGCUCCAAGAUAUAUAGAGAGGCCAUUGAACGCCAUGGAAUAGCGGGCAAUGGGAGUAGAAUGGGCCCCCGGUGGUACUCAAGUGUGUUACCAACGUCAGGCAUCCCGCACCUAAGUUCAGACUACUGGAUACAGAACAUGCUACAGCCAGUACUAUUCCACCAGGCAGUUUCUCGGGCGGUGUCUGAGAUGGGGUGCGACAUGGUUAUUGAGAUUGGGCCCCACCCUGCACUAAAGAGUCCAACUAUGAAAACCAUUCAGCUCAUAAAAUCUCCACGGGAUUUCCAGGACGUCGUGCAUUUCGGAACGCUUGAACGAGAGAAAUGCGCAACAGAUGCCAUAUCUGAGACCCUUGCCUCUCUGUGGGUACACAACACACAGUGCAAUAUCGACUUGGAUUGGUAUGAGAAGCAAAUGACUGAGGACCAUGAAUUUGCUGUUGUUGUGGAUCUUCCUUCCUAUCAGUGGAACCACGAGCAUUCUCUUCCGGACGAAAAGAGUCGCUAUUUGCGCGCACUUUAUCACCGAACGGGCAAAUAUCAUCCGCUUCUCGGUCGCCUGUGUCCAACAAGCUCUGAAACCCACCUCCUUUGGCGUAACAUCGUUCGGCUGUCUCAAAUCCCAUGGCUGAAAGGCCAUCAGCUCCAAGGCCAGGUGAUAUUUCCGGCUACGGGAUAUCUGGUGACUGCCAUCGAAGCUGUUGCAUGUAUACUGGGCGAAAACGAGCAAGCGCGGCUGAUCGAACUUCAUGAUGUCCAGUUCCAGCAGGCAAUGGUAUUCUCUGAAACGGAUGAGGGGGUGGAGGUGCUUUUCCAGCUCGACAAGCUUUCCAGAGAAAGCGGCUCAAUCGUCAGCGCUCGAUUCAUUUAUUCCGCCGCUAUAGGGGCACAGGGCAACAUGAAGGUCACCGCCAGUGGCUUGGCGACGGUAGAGGUGGGCCGGGCAGAGAGUGAGAUACUUCCUCCGCGCCAAACCUCCUCCACUAGUAUGUCCAUGGUGGAUAUAGAUGUGUUCUAUCGCUAUCUGCAGAACCUCGGAUAUGAUUAUUCGGACCAAUUUCGCUCACUCGAUGACCUCGAACGGUGUUCUGGGUUUGCAGCAGGAAAGGUCUACCCUCCAGACAGCGAAGAAGCUAUGGAAGCACCAUAUCGAGUUCAUCCCGCUGUACUAGACGCGGGAAUUCAGGUUCUACUAUUAGCCUACAGCUACCCGUGGGAUGGCAGACUGCGCUCGAUUCAUGUUCCCACCACCGUUGACAUUGUGCGGAUUAAUCCUGCGGCGUGCGAUGCGAUAACACAACCUGAGGUACCCUUUUCUAUUGACUCUCGACUCGCAGCACCUGAUCAUGGACGAGUUGCUCAUAUCACGGGCGACGUAGAGAUUUACCGGGGCAGCAGUAAAUAUGCGGCAAUUCAGCUAGGGGGAGUAACCGCUAAACCUCUGACGGCGGCCACUGCAGCUGAUGAUCGGCAGUUGUUCUUCUCAGAGACCUGGUGGCCGCAAGAGCCGGAUGCAACAGGCGUCGAUACUGAUGAACCUAGUGAGAGGGUAGACGACAUGGCGCGAUGUCUGGAACGAGCGUCGCUUUUCUACCUACGCCGAUUACGUGACGAAAUUACCUACCGACCUUUGGAGGCUCCCAGCAGUCUUGCCACAUCGUAUCUGAACUAUGCAGACUACAUAGUCUCCCUGGUGGACGCUGGACUUCAUCCGUGGGUUACAAUUGAGGAUAAAAUUGACAGACUCGAAGACAUCCUUGCGGCUACUGCACCAUACUCCGAGUACCCCGAAGUAAAGCUGGUGCACGCCGUCGGAGAUAAUAUCGACAGGGUAUUGCGAGGGAAAAUCCACAGCCUCGAAAUCUUAGCAGCAGAUGAUCUGCUCGAUAAGUACUACGAGCACGGAGAGCCGAUGCGAACAACGAAUCAAUGGCUCAGCCGCGUCGUUGAACAGGUCAGUCGCAAGUAUCCGCAUAUGAAUGUCUUAGAAGUUGGAGCUGGUACCGGAAGCGCAACAAAAGCCGUUCUGGGCCGGAUUGAAGAACGAUUUGCAUCAUAUACCUUCACGGAUGUAUCCUCAGGCUACUUUGGUGGAGCCGAAGGCCUCUUCAGCACCUGCCACAAGAAGGCGAGCAUGAAGGUGCUUGAUAUUUCACGAGAUAUUGAAGCACAAGGGUUCGCUCCCCAUUCCUAUGACCUCGUAAUUGCUUGCCACGUUUUGCAUGUAACUCCAUGCCUGGAAGACACCCUACGGAACAUACGUUCUCUGAUCAAGCCAGGCGGGUAUCUGAUCUUGUCCGAGUUGACUUCGAACGACAUAAGUCGGGUGGCCUUCAUAUUCGGUGCGUUGUCUAGCUGGUGGGCAGGACGUGGUGAGGGUCGCGUACUGGGACCUAAUGUGUCUGCUGUUCAAUGGGAUAGUUUACUUCGAAAAUCUGGAUUCUCAGGAGUGGAUUCAAUAGCUGGGGAGAGACACAACAGUGCCUAUGCAUGCACUGUGAUGGUGGCGCAGGCGAUUGACGAGCAAGCGGGAUUCCUGCGUCAUCCACUCUGGGCGCCCAGCCGACCUAUAUCCGGACUCCCUAUACCACAGUUGAUUCUACUUGGAGGUGCAUCGUUGACAACAGCGAGCCUCGUCGGCAAUCUGUGCCAGAUAGUAUCGCCAUUAAGCCAGAGCGUACUAACCUUCCAGACUCUACAGGACGUACAGUACGAUGCCCUCCAUCCCGAGGCCGUAAUCCUGUGCAUGAUCGAGCUUGAUGCUCCGCUUUUUUCGAACUUCAAGGACGGGUGUUUUCAGAGCCUAAAGAAUAUGUUGUUAGAGCCGAGGAGGCUCCUCUGGGUGGCAGAGGGUAGUGGAAAAGCCGACAAGUAUAGCGCCAUGACUUUAGCGUUUAUUCGGUCUGCCUGUUGGGAAAUACCUGACAUGCGCUUCCAAUUCCUUCGAUGGGACCACGCUCUCCUGGCAAAUCCAAGCAACAUCGCCGAGUAUUUACUGAAGUUCGCUUGCUUGACAUCUCGAACUCGGAAAGCAAAAAAUAAGUUACUCUGGUCCUGCGAGACCGAAGUGAGAAUCAAUGUGCGGCUCCAAGCGCAUAUCCCUCGACUGGAGCCGGCAAAGACGGCAAAUGAGCGGUAUAAUUCUUCGGUGCGGAAAAUUACUCGCCAUGUCUCCUCCAGCCCAGUCCAGCGGGUCGGUCUGCAUCUUCAGCAUGGCAGGCAUGUCUUCGCAGUUUGCGGCGAUCAGUCCUUGAUUCAACGAGAUAGUGAGCAGGUGGAACUGGUCGUCGAGCUCAGCACUAUGUGGCCGCUCAGAUAUGCCGACGGCCAACUCUUCCUGGUCCUAGGCUGUUUAACAGAGAAAGCCACCACAUAUCUGGCGCUGACGCCCUCUGUUGCAUCUCACCUAGUCAUUCCUCAACAUCAGCUGGUCGAGUACAAAAUCCCAGAAGGACACACUAAAGUCAGCGCACUGGGAUAUAUUGUUGCUCAUCUACUCGCUGCGGCAAUUUUGGAUGGCAUCGAAUGUGGCAAAACACUGCUGGUUCACAACUCGCCUAGACCUUUGGGAGAGAUUCUCCAGAGAAUUGCGGCUGAGCGGAAGGUUACUUUGACUCUUACCACCUCCGAGGCUGAAAAGGAUAUACCAGAGUCUUGGAUACACAUACCACCCUACUCACGCCCACUGCAAGUCAAAACAACACUGCCUCCAAACGUAGACAGAAUUGUGGACUUGACAGUGGACAGUCAUAUGGCGCAGAGGGGUAUCCUGAGGUGCAUUUACCAUCAAUGCACCGUUUGGGAUCUCGGCACCCUAUUAGGUGACGAUACUAGCUAUUGUAAAAAGACCAAGGCGUACACAAAUCCCGAUGUUCUGAGGCUCGCUACACAUCAGGCAUCCUCCUCUGACUUUCCAUUCGACAUAUCUCUGAGUAGCUCCACUGUUGUCACCCCUAAACAGCUUGUGGAUAAGUUACAGCCUCUCGCGCCCUUUACGUUACUUCACUGGAUCGCGGACAAUAUGAUCCCUGUGGGCGUCACCACUGCAGGUUCGCAAGUCAUGUUUCGAGCAGACAGGACCUAUUGGUUGGCCGGUAUAUCAGGAAGCCUUUCCGUGUCACUAUGUGAGUGGAUGAUCAGCCGUGGGGCACGGUACAUCGUGAUCAGUAGUCGUCAACCGCGAAUGAAUCCGUUGUGGUUGGAUCGGACGAAACGGCUGGGAGCGACUGUCCUUCCAUUCGCUAAUGACAUCACAGAUUAUGAUGGAGUCCAGGAGUUAUACCAAACCAUAUGUAAGGAGCUCCCUCCGGUGGCUGGGGUCGCCCAUGGCGCCAUGGUCCUCCGGGACAGACCAUUGCGGGACAUGACCCACGAUGACCUCUAUACUGUUCUGGCACCAAAGGUUACAGGAAGUCAAAAUUUGGAUAAUCUGUUUUGGGAUAAACCAUUGGAGUUUUUCAUACUUCUAUCUUCUGUGGUCAGCGUCGUUGGAAAUGCAAGCCAGGCCAAUUACGCUGCUGCAAACGGCUUUUUGGACGCAUUGGCUAGCUAUCGCAGACGAAGGGGUCUAUGUGCAUCAACAAUCAACCUUGGAGUUAUUGCCGGCUCUGAUGUGGUAUCUGGACGCUCUGGGGCCUCUUUAUUGACCGCGCUUCUCAGUCGGCGUUUUAUGGGCCUCUCUGAGUCAGACUUCCAUGAGGCUUUUGCAGAGGCCAUUGCCCUUGGGAAGGCGAAUAGUUCUUCGGGGUCUUCCGUCAUCACCGGAAUUUCACUUGUCAAUGAAGGAGACAAGAACAAUACAUUCGUGCCUGUGUGGACUAAAGAGCCAAAGUUCAGUACACUCAUCAUUACCGGAGGCUCUUCUCAUGCAGGGACCGCCAAGAGGCGAGAUGGGAACUCCAUCGAGUCUCAAUUGCGUAAGGCAAAGACGGACGAGGAUGUUCGUGCGGUUAUAAUGGGUACUAUAUGCAGCAGACUUCGGCAGAUUCUUCAGGUUUCAUCGGACAUGGAUAUUACGUCUUCAACUCGCACUGAUCAACUAGGAAUGGACUCUCUAGUUGCGGUUGAUCUGAAAUCAUGGUUGUCGAAGACGUACCGGGUUGACAUUCCGACGCUUAAGAUUAUGGCUGGAAUGGAGAUUGGGGAGCUUGUGCGAUUGACAAUGGAUAGCAUCGAUCAUAGAAGUGAGGAAACAUUGGAAGGAGAUACCAUGUCUUCUGAUGUCGAGGAUCUAGUAGAAGAAACACCCCCGGGGUCGGCGCUACUAGGCAACUCAGAUGAAGGCCUAACGGGAGUCUGCUCCAUCUCUACUGAUGAUCAAUAUGAAGUAGUACGGCCUGGGGGCCUCUCUUCAUCACAGUCAAUGUUCUGGUUUAUAGAUUCAUUGAUGGAGGAAAAGACCACACUCAAUCACACCCUCCUAUACCGCAUUCAAGGUCCACUUGAUGUGGCAAAUCUGGAGCGGGCACUUAACGUUGUCGCUAUGCGCCACGAAGUUCUGCACUCGCGGAUACGAUAUGACGAAAAAACGCAACAGAUGAUUCAGGAGGUACUUCAAAAACAACCUGUGUUUUUGGAGAAAAGACAGAUUCAGGAUACGUGUGAAGUGAACACCAUAUACAACGAGCUUCACAGAUAUGUAUACGAUCCCGAAUCGGGUCACGCGUUCCGCAUGAUAUAUAUUUCUUCCUGCUCGGAGGACAGCUUCUUACUGAUCGGUUAUCAUCAUCUCAUUGUAGACGGCUCAAGUCAUGCCAUCAUCAUGCGCGACCUUCAGGAAGCAUAUCGAGGACGACCACUUACAACGAAGCCUGUACAAUUCCUGGAUUAUGUGCAGGAGGAGCAGGAGAAGCGUGCUUCCCGUGUAUGGAGUGAAGAUAUCAUAUACUGGAAAGGCGUACUCGAUCCCAGGCCUGAGCCUCUUCCCGUUUUUCGCAGUCGAGUCUCCACACGUCCGCUCUUAAAGCAAUACGAUAUGCACCGAGUUGAGUACACUUUGCCCGGCGAUUUUCACAGCGAAAUUAGCCGCCUGGCAGUAGCAAAUCGAGCCACGCCCUUUCAUGUCUACCUUGCCGCCUUUGAAGUGCUUCUCUUUCGCUUUCUUGGUGUGCAUGACCUUUGCAUCGGGACAGGGGAUGCGAAUCGUUGGGAUGCUGGGAAAAAUGACUGCGUUGGUCCAUAUAUUAACCUUGUACCUCUUCGUUUUCAAGUCGAUAAGGACAUGACAUUCGCCUCUGUUUUAAAAGCAACACGGAACACGACCUAUGACUGCCUCCAACAUGCCCAGGUGCCAUUUCAAGUGUUACUUAAUGAACUACGAAUUUCACGGUCAGCAGCUCACAGUCCCGUGUUCCAGGCGUUCUUGGAUUACCGACUUGCUCCCGAGACCGACGGCUUGUUUGGAGACCGCCACAUCGACCUGGAGAGAUGGGAUAUUGCACAGCUGGGCUACGACUUCAUGAUUGAUGUCGUCCCCCAUCCGGCUCGUGGAAUGUCCAUUGCGAUCCAUGUGCAGAAGUCACUCUAUGGGGAGGUAGAGGCCAGAAUGCUCGCGAAGGGUUAUGAGGAUAUCAUCAAAGAAAUCGUUGCGGCGCCUGACCGCUCAAUAGAACGCCAAUGGAAGUUCCGAGCAGAUGACAUAAAUGAAGCUUGCGAGCUUGGACGGGGACCCUCUGCUGCUUCAAGCUGGCCAACAACCAUCCCUCAUCGCAUUGACACCAUUGCCAAGUACCAUGGCUCUCGAACGGCUGUAAAGGAAGCCAGCGGUGCGAUGAUCACCUAUAGUGAGCUGCUUUCCCGAGUAGACAGUAUCGCAUUGGCCAUGGUAAACAGUGGCCUGAUGCGAGGAGCGCCGGUUGCGGUGUACCAGGAACCAUCAAUCGAGUCCAUCGCUUCCACACUGGCCAUUCUCAAAGUUGGUGGAGUAUACCUACCGCUAGAUCUAUCGGUUCCACCGGGGCGAUUAGCCACAAUGGUGCAGUCCGUUAAUCCCAGGAUCGUAUUGGUACACGAUGCAACCUCAGGCCGCGAGAGAGAUCUUUUCCUAGCACAGAGUGUCCCCACGAUGAAUGUGUCCGACGUGCGUCAACAUGGUAAAACGUGUGGUAGUCGCGCUUUUAGCAAUGGCCCUGCGGUUAUCCUCCACACCAGUGGAACCACAGGAGUGCCCAAAGGAGUGCUUCUCACCCACGCCAACCUGCGGAAUCACAUGGAAUUCUCCAUGCCACUUGCAGAUAUCAGGCCAGAGCAUGUCUUUCUCCACCAGAGUGCUUGCUCAUUUGAUCUGUCCCUGGCACAAAUCCUCGGGCCUCUGUGCUAUGGGGCUACUGUGUGCGUUGCACAGCGUGAGGUGCGGUAUGACCCUGAAGAAAUGACGCAUUUGAUUCAUCGUGAGAGAAUUACGCAUACUUUGGCUACACCUAGCGAAUAUAGAAGCUGGCUCAAAUGCGCGGGACUUAAGAACCUUCAAGCUAGCGCCUGGGUUACGGCUCUAGCCGCGGGUGAGCCAGUGACCCAAGAUUUGCUAGAGAACUUCCGACUGCUCGCAAAGGACAACCUACGGCUCUACAAUUUGUACGGCCCGUGCGAGACCACUAUUUGGUCUACCGCUACUGAGCUAGAUUACUCCACACCCGGCCAAUAUGCACAGGGAGUCCCAGUUGGAUGGCCUGGUUAUAAUGAGUGGAUAUACAUUGUAGAUGAGUUGCUUCAACUCCAGCCUGUCGGACUUCCCGGUGAGGUCAUCAUUAGCGGCGCCGGUGUUGCGGAGGGAUAUGUCAAUUUGGGUGAUGAGAACAAGCUCAAGUUUGUGGAGGACACUUUCCACUUUCCAAAGGUGGAGAACCAAAUGAUGUACCGAACCGGUGACCGAGGAAGACUGCUAGAAAAUGGCCAGCUCGUGCUCGAGGGUCGCGUGGCGGGCGAUACGAUGGUGAAGCUUCAUGGCGUACGGAUCGACCUCCAUGAUGUUGAGCAGAGCGUAUUGCGUGUCAGUGGGGGAGCUUUGGUGGACGUCGCGGCUUCGAUAAGACAAGGCUCUGGGCCUGGAUCUGCAUACCUGGUAGCUCAUGUUGUCUUCUGCAAAAGUGACACGAUGCCACAAGGACCCUAUCAAUUUCUACGACAGCUUAGGCAUCGCCUUAAUCUACCAUCUACGAUGUGCCCCACGAUGAUUCCUAUUGAGCAAUUGCCACGAACGGUGUCAGGGAAGCUUGACCGGGCUGCUGUGCAGAACCUUCCUGUGCAAUCCUCGAGUCGCUCUAAGAAUGAUGUCGGGGAUCUGUCGAAGUUACAAGCAAGAAUGAAACAACUUUGGCUGUCUGUUAUACCCGCCGAGCUUGUCAGAGCUGAGGACAUCGAUCAACAGACGGACUUUUUUCACGUCGGAGGAAAUUCAAUGUUGCUCAUUGACCUGCAUCGAUCGGUCACAAAUGAGUUUCAUUCUUCUAUCUCUCUUCUACAACUCUUCCAGCAUAGCACUCUGGAGGGAAUGUCGUCGCUUAUGUCACCCAACGGAAUUGAAUCAUCGAAUUCCGACACCGUUGCACGAGGACCUGAUACCAUCAGUUGGAACAUGGAAACUGCUCCGUUGGUUCGUGAUGUGCCCUGGAGGGAGAUGACUGUAAACCCGCCAAGUCCGUUGCCACGUACCAUUGUUCUCACUGGUGCGACAGGAUUGCUCGGUCAGCGCUUAUUAGAAGUUCUUGAGCGGCACCCGCAGGUUGGCACAAUUAUCUGCGUUGCUGUCCGCGGACUCAAGGCACGACAGGAGCAGCUAAGGAAGUCCCGAAAGGUGAAAUAUAUCGAAGGAGACUUAGCCCUGCCUUUACUAGGGCUCGAUGAACCCACAGCGUGCCGCGUUUUUCAAGGUGCGGAUGCCGUCAUCCACAAUGGCGCAGACACCUCUCAGGCCAAAUCAUACACUACUCUACGGCCAGUCAACCUUCAGUCAACCAAAGAACUGGCAAGCCUUUGUGCCAGGCGUCGGAUUCCUCUUCAUUACGUCUCCACGGCGAGUGUAUUGCUUCUGGGUGGCCAAGACGGGCAAGCCAAGCAUAUAACUCACUUCAGCCCGCCCACUUCCGGUGCAUUCGGAUACGUUUCGUCAAAGUGGGCUAGUGAAUGUUAUCUGCACAAAGUCAAUCAGGAACUUAAUCUACCAGCCUUCAUCUACCGGCCCACCCAACUGGUCUCCAGCAAUGAGAGUAACCGGGGGCAAACCAGCUUCGGACAGAUGCUGCUUGACUAUGUGCAGCGCUUGCAGAAAGUCCCCGAUAUACCUAGCAUUCUGGAAACAUUAAGUUUUGUUUCCACUGACCGGGUGGCUAGGGCAGUUGCGAGAUCUGUCCUAGGCAACAAUCGGGGUAAGAGUCUUGUUGUCCCUCUGGAAAGUGAUGAUAAGCCGAUGAAAAUUCUAUCAAAUAAGGAGAAAAACCUACCGACCAUUGCAUUAUCGGAGUGGAUUCAGCAAGCAGAAAAUAUUGGAAUGUCGUCUGAAGUUGUUCCGAUAUUUCGACAAAUAGAGGAGCAUAUGGAUCUGCUGGGGGCGUGAAGGGAGAUUGCCUGCAUUGCGUGGAGGUUUAACAUAGGGUUUCGGGAGGAAACAGUCCUCGGGAUGAGACCAUGUCUGCAAACCACUAUAUACAUGCCGCCCCCCCCCCCUUUAUUCAGUAGAUCGUGUUUAGCUACAAAUAGUUGUCAACGUAUAAAAAUAUAUGACUGCGAGAUUAUAGCAGCUUUAAGAUCUAUCACAUCAGU